GUAGGAAAAGUAAAAACAACUGCGUACCCCAGUACUUGAAAACCUUCCUUGGGCGAACCCCACAACCUCUUCACUUAAAUACCCCACACAACCUUCUUAUUAUUCUCCCCCAUACCCUCCAAAAACCAUACAAACAAGCCUCCUCUUUCCUUCUCUCUCUCUCUUUUCUUUCUGUAUUUGUUCAGUUUGUGGAGAAAAUGCGUAUGAGCUGCAAUGGGUGCCGGGUUCUACGCAAAGGGUGCAGUGAAAAUUGCAGUAUCAGGCCUUGCUUGCAGUGGAUCAAGAGCCCCGAGUCUCAAGCCAACGCUACUGUUUUCCUUGCUAAGUUCUACGGCCGCGCUGGCCUCAUGAAUCUCAUCAACGCCGGCCCUGAACACCUCCGACCUGCGAUAUUUAGGUCUUUGCUAUACGAGGCAUGUGGGAGGAUAGUGAACCCGAUUUAUGGGUCGGUCGGGUUGUUGUGGUCCGGUAGCUGGCAGCUCUGCCAAGCAGCAGUGGAAGCCGUGCUAAAGGGCGCGCCGAUCACGCCGAUUACGUCCGAAGCCGCGGCCAGCGACCAUGGGCCGCCACUGAAGGCAUACGACAUUCGGCACGUGUCCAAGGACGAGAACUCUGCCGCGUCCAACGAUCCCCACCGGAUCAGAACUCGGUGCCGGUUCAAGCGCUCUGUGAUCAAGCCAAGAGCCGGCAAGGUCGGGAACGGUGCGGCCGUCGACGGCUCGGCGCGGGGCGUGAAGCCCAGGUACGAGGGUGGGUGCUGUACGGACGAGCUGAACCGAUCGACCAGCCACGAGUCGUCUCUGAGCCACCAGUCGGAGCUGGCGCCGAAUGUGGAGGGCGAGAGCAAAGAGACCGAGAGCAUGUUAUCGGUGGAGACGGCUGAGGCUUCGGUCUUGUUCCGAGCCGAGCUGGAGUCCGUGGCUAAGCCCGAUGAGCAUGCACAGGACAGCGAGAUAGGUCUGGAACUUACUCUAGGAUUGGAGCCGUUGUCACGUGCCGGUCACGUGGUUCCCGUUAAGAAGAGAAGGGUCGAUGCUUGUGUUGGCGGUGGCUCGGCUGAGUUCAACGCCGCGUGUAAGAUGGAGCUGGGGCUUUAAAUUCUAAUUACCCGGCUUAGAGUGAAGCCUAAGUAAAGAAAACUUAAAAAGUCAAGUCCAGUUUUGACGACUCAGAUCGGCUUUGUCCAUUUGCAUAGAAGAGAUCAUGACCCUUCCUUUUUUCUUCUGGUUUUCCUUUUUUGACUGUACUUUUUUUUUUUUUUUGUUCUUUCCUUCUUUACCCUUUGUGACGAGGUGUACAAAAUGUGGUUGCAAAUAUAGAAGUGGUAAAUUAACAGAGGGAGACAAAGCAGAAAAUCUUUGUUAAAUCUUUCCUGAGUUUUUACGCUA